CAAAGUAGGUAUAUGGAGCGUCUCUUAAAACCUCAACCAAUUGUAGGUGUGUUAGUAACCAAAAUCAAGGUUAAAUCGUUAGAUAUAUAUUUUUUGUUUGUUUACAGUUGAUAUUAGUUUAUAUGGUGUUUUAAUAUUUGAUUUAAAUUAAUGGAAGUGAUAUACGAAAUAGACGCGAAAUCAGUAACAUCGAAUCUAAAUUAUUCCGAUGAUGAUGAAGAUGAAGAAGAACAAGAACAAGAAGAAAAAGAAGUAAAAGAUCUGUUCCUAAAUAGUUUGUGGGAUAUUCAUGAGGCAUUAAGUGCGCUCCGUGGAAACAUGCGCAGUCGACUUUUAGAUGCCGAUACGGCCGUAGAUGAAAUGGAAAAGGAAAUAGGGGAUGUAGAAGAAAUGCAAUUACCCCCAACUUAUUUAGUAAUACAACUAUCUUCGGAUAUACCUUUAAGUACAUUAACUUGGUUUGUAGAAAAAAUUCGAGGUAAAAAGAGAGACGGGGGAGGAGAACUUUUUGUAAUGAAACAACCUUUCGAUCCUGAAGAUUCUUUGUUUCUUCACGUAUCCGCGUCGAAAAUAAAAUUAUUCGAAGCCGCCGAAGAAAUGGAACUCAUGAAGAAAGAUAAGGCCGGUGUACUUAGAGAGUUUACGGUUCAAGCUUUGGAAGAUUUUUUGACCGAAGAUAUGAGCGUCGAUGGUCUGUUCACUAUAGCUGAACGCCAAACUAUAACAAGACAUGAAUUGGAGAACAUCAGGGCUCUCACAGAGGACAAUCAUAUUCCCGGUUUUCCAGAAUAUCGUUUGUACGGUGGACAGUCGAUUGUACAGGUUUGCCUGUCAAAAAAUAUCAUCAAAAAUGUCUAUCCAUUGCACGACGACGAAACUUUGAAAAAACUCGGCAGAAGUUGGUACAAGACUCUUUUCAAAAAACAACCAUUCGAUCAAAUAAAGAAUUACUUUGGAGAAUCCAUAACACUGUACUUCCAUUUUUUAAGUUUUUACACAGACGCUUUGAUUGUACCAGUUAUUUUGGGAAUUCUCCAGUUAUUUGUAUCCAGAGAAACGAUUCCAUUUUUUUGUAUAUUCAACGUGGUAUGGGUGACGCUUUUUUUAGAGAUGUGGAGAAGAAAAAGUAACGAGCUGGCAUAUCAAUGGGGUACCAUAGGUAUGACUAGUAUGGAUGAACCUAGACCAAACUUUCGAGGAGCAAUGGGCGUCGAUGCAAUCACGGGCAAAGUGCGACCGCAAGCUCCUAGAUACCUAACCUAUGUUAAGAUGUACGUGGUAUCUAUACCAAUAGUAUUUGUAUGUUUAACUGUCGCCUUUGUUAUUAUGUUGAUGUCUUUUUGGGCUGAAGAUUAUGCGAAAAAAAAUGAAGAUUGGAAAUCUUACGUCAGCGUUCCGAGCAUCAUUUAUUCUGUGCUUGUAAUUAUCAUGAAUGUAAUUUAUAGGCAGCUAGCAACGUAUCUUACAGAAUGGGAAAACCACCGAACGCAGUCUCAGUACGAGAGACAUCGUGUAACAAAAUUAGUUUUAUUCGAAUUCGUCAAUAACUUCAUGUCCCUUUUCUACAUCGCCUUCAUCACUAAGGACAUGGAGAUGCUGAGAAGUCAAUUACAAACUAUGCUCAUUGUCAAUCAAACCAUCAACCAUUUCCAAGAAACCGUACAACCACUAGCAAUAAAAUACUACAUGAUGAAGGUUAACAAUUUAAAAAUCAGCAAUAUUAUUCCGAAUAAAGUUGAUUUCAAAGCGCCAAAGGCAUGUCGAGAAGAUAAAACUAUUACAGCAAAGGAAAACCUACUUUCCAAUAUAAUAAUGCCUGAAAUACCCGAAGAAGAUUCAAGAAUCAAACAAGCGAUCGACGAAAGCGAUAUGGAUAUCUACGAAGGCACUUACGAUGAUUAUUUAGAACUCUUCAUACAAUUCGGAUUUGUCUUUUUGUUUUCGUCGGUUUAUCCUUUAGCUGCCCUUUGGGCAUUACUGAAUAAUGUGAUCGAAAUACGAGCAGACGCUUUUAAAUUUUGUAAAAUAUUUCAAAGACCUACGUGUAGAAGAGUUAAAGAUAUUGGUGCAUGGCAGAGAUCUUUCGAAAUGAUUGGCGCUCUUUCUAUACUCACCAACUGUGGUUUGUUAUACCUCAGUCCUCCUAUUAGGCAAUCUGCGCCUAGUUUCAGCGAUAUCGAAUGGUUGUUGCUGUUCAUAUUCCUCGAACACUUUUUAUUGGGUAUACGGUUUCUUCUGCAUAUUGCCAUAUCAGAUAAACCCGAAUGGGUGCGGGUAGCUUUAGCCAAGAGGAGCUACGAGUCUAAACAAGCGUUAAAAUUUGAGAGAUCCCAGAAAAACCAACGCAUUUUAACGAGACGAUUCAAGACGUUCCAUGGUCCACAUACGGAUUGACUCAACUUAUUUACAAAGUUAAACCAAUUCGAUUGUUGAAACCGUGGGUUAAUUGUGAUCCUCGCAACUCAUUUAACCUCCAACGCUGCCUGAAUAUAAUAAUGAUUAUAAGAAACUAGAAAAAAUAAAUAAAUCAUUUUUUUAUAUGGA